GCCCAAACGGUGGGCAUUUAAAGAUGGCGGACUGCUUGGCAGCACGCUUCGCAGCGCAGGAGGAGCAAAUUCGGCUUCUUGCUGGCGAAAUCACCACCCUUCAGGACGGGAUCAACCGGGACUUGGGCCCUGCCGGCGAUGCGGGGGUCUCCUCGCAGCUGGAGGAGCUGAGGUCGGAGAAUGAGAAGCUCAAGUACCGGCUAUUGCACCUCCGCCGGGGUCUGCGGUUGGAACUGGAGCUGGAGCCGGGCAAGAGUUCACAGCCAGGGGGCGAGUGCGGAAAAGCUGCCGGGGGGAAUGUCGUCAGAGGAGGGCAGACGAAUAACAAAGCUGCUGCUAAAAAGGUGAGCAGCUCUGACGCUAAACCAGGCGAUAAAAACAAGGAGAAGAAGCAGCCAAAAGAACAUUCAGAUGGAACCGCAAAAGGGCUGAAGGCCUGGCCGGCUUUUGUCGAUGAGCGCCUCAGCCUCUACGAGGUGCUGAAGAAGGAAAGCGAUGCCCUCCGGGCCAAGAGAGCUUCAGAGGGGAAGCCCAUCACGGUGGAGCUACCCGAUGGGCGUCAGUUGGCGGGCACGUCCUGGGUCACCACCCCGUACCAAGUGGCAUGUGACAUCAGUCAGGGUCUGGCUGACAACGCAGUGAUAUCUCGAGUGAACGGGGAGCUGUGGGACUUGGACAGACCUCUGGAGCGCGACUGCUCGCUGGAGAUUUUACGCUUUGAGAAUGAGGAUGCACAAGCAGUGUACUGGCACUCCAGUGCUCACAUCCUAGGCGAAGCGAUGGAAUGCUUCUAUGGUGGCUGUUUAUGUUACGGACCCCCCAUAGAGAACGGCUUCUACUACGACAUGUUCCUCGAUGGAACAAAGAGCGUGUCCAGUACCGACUUUGGGGACCUGGAGAACUUGUGCAAGAUGGUGGUGAAGGAGAAACAAGCCUUUGAAAGGCUUGAGGUUACCAAGGAGACGCUGCUGAAGAUGUUCAAGUACAACAAAUUCAAGUGCCGCAUUCUGAACGAGAAGGUCACCACACCCACGACCACAGUUUACAGAUGCGGGCCCCUUAUAGACCUCUGUAGAGGUCCUCACGUGAGGCACACCGGCAAGAUCAAAGCCAUGAAGCUCUACAAGAACUCUGCCACCUACUGGGAGGGCCGCUCCGACAUGGAAACGCUGCAGAGGAUAUACGGGAUCUCCUUCUCUGACUCAAAGAUGCUCAAAGAGUGGGAACGCUUCCAGGAGGAGGCCAAGAAUAGGGACCAUCGCAAGAUCAGCAAAGAUCAGGAGCUGUUCUUCUUCCACGAUCUCAGUCCUGGGAGUUGCUUCUUCCUGCCGCGCGGAGCUUACAUCUACAACACCCUCAUAGAAUUCAUCAGGGCUGAGUAUUGGAGAAGAGGCUUCCAGGAAGUAGCCUCCCCCAAUAUCUAUAACAGCAAGCUGUGGGAGACGUCAGGCCACUGGCAGCACUACAGCGAAAACAUGUUCUCCUUCACCGUGGAGGACGACACCUUCGCACUCAAACCCAUGAACUGCCCUGGACACUGUUUGAUGUUCGGCCAUAGGCCUCGCUCGUGGAGGGAGCUCCCACUCAGGCUGGCUGACUUCGGGGUCCUCCACCGCAACGAGCUAUCUGGAACGCUGACUGGGUUGACCAGAGUGCGACGUUUCCAGCAGGAUGAUGCUCACAUUUUUUGCACCAUGGAUCAGAUCGAGUCUGAGAUGAAAGGCUGCCUGGACUUCCUGCGCAGUGUCUACACCGUGUUUGGCUUCUCCUUCCAGCUUCACCUCUCCACCCGCCCGGAGAAGUACCUUGGUGAUAUUGCGGUGUGGAACCAAGCUGAGAAGCAAUUGGAGAACAGCCUCAAUGAGUUUGGAGAGCCUUGGAAACUGAACUCAGGAGAUGGUGCAUUCUAUGGGCCCAAGAUUGACAUUAAAAUCAAAGACGCCAUUGGUCGUUACCACCAGUGUGCAACCAUUCAACUGGACUUCCAGCUUCCCAUCCGCUUCGACCUGACCUUUGUGGGAAAGGAUGGCGAUGACAAAGCUCGUCCUGUUAUCAUCCAUCGGGCCAUCUUGGGCUCCGUGGAGAGAAUGAUUGCAAUUCUGACAGAAAACUAUGCUGGGAAAUGGCCCCUUUGGAUCUCUCCAAGGCAGGUGAUGGUAUUGCCUGUCAACCCAUCUUGCGAGGAGUAUGCCAAGAAGGUGUGUAAGCAGUUCACAGAUGCAGGCAUGAUGGCGGAUUCUGACCUGGAUUCUGGGUGCCUUUUAAAUAAAAAAAUCCGCAAUGCUCAACUGGCCCAAUAUAACUUCAUUCUGGUGGUCGGCGAGAAGGAGAAGAUGACCAGCGGCGUCAACGUGCGUACCAGGGAUAACAAAGUCCACGGCGAAGUAUCGGUGGCCGAUGCGCUGGCCCGCAUGAGCCUUCUAAAGCAGGCCCGCUGCCGAAAUGCAGAAGAGGAGUUCUGAUGGUGCUUGAUGAGCCAAGCGGGGUGUCUGAGUACCUCAGUCUUCCCCAGAUGAGAAUAGAAUUGCUGAAAAAAUGUCUCAUAUAAAAGUGGUACUGGGAAUGUGUCUGUUAAUGGGGCAAAAUGUCACUGUGAUUGAUCAGAGAGGGUUGGUGGGUUCAAGAAAUGUGUUUGUCGAUUGCCAUUAUGAAUGAUGACGACGUAACUGGCCUGCGGUCUCUGUUUUGAAGGGAAAUAAAUUAAAUGUUGAACUGCA